UGCUCGGACUAGAGUAGGUACCGCGGCGUGUUAUGCACACAGCUGCUCGGCAGGAACCCGUGCACGCAACGCUGAAGCCAGAGCGCUGCUCUCUGGCCCUGUCGCCUUCGAUGCUUUUGCAGCCAAACGCGCUUCGCGACUCCUGAGGCCUUCUAACCCUCCACGCGCGAGCCGUUCACGCGCCGUCGAUGCCAGGGCAGCACGACGGCAGCGUCGACGGAACGAACGCGCCUCGAGUAUUCGUGAUUAGCCAUCAAAAUAAAGUAAAAUAAAUGAUGGGCAUGAUGCGCCAGCAGAAGUUAAUUAUACUGGCUGCGAGCUGGGGCAGACUAUUCAAGCACGCAGAAUGUUCAAACCCGCACGAAGCACCCGAAAAGGUUAAUCGCUUCAUUGCUGACGAUACGCAUCACUUAUAAACAAGGUAGCGCUUGCACUAAAGUGGUAGUUUGUUGUGCUUGAAAUUUGCUGUCGCAGCACAAAGAUACAGAAGUGCAUUGGUAUUCGAGUGCUGCAAGAGGAGGCCCAAAAGUGAAGCUGUCAGAGGGGACAUCCGCAAUUUAGCCACAGUUAAUGUCCAUACUCCUUGUCACUCCCGUACAGAGCUGCAAAAAAAAAAAAAAGAACGAAAAAAAGAAAGGAGUCGCGUACAGAAAUGUCUGCUUCGUGACUUAAGGGGAUAUGAAUUCAUACGAGACAUUUACUCUACCUCUACUCUUCGAAGCAGACGGCUGAAUAUUCGCUUGGGAAUAACGCGAGUGUAUUCCCUGUGCACGAUGACCCCCCCCCCCCCCCCCCCCUCGUCGCAGUGUCCGAUGCCGGCGAGCCCAGCCGCACACGCGUCAGGAACGCCCUGCUGUCGGCCAAGCACCUGUACAUCAUCCUCUGGAAGAACGUGUACGUCAAGAGGCUGUGUCGCCACUACAUGGCCACGCUGGUCGAGAUCGCCCUCAUCGUGGCCCUGCUGCUGGGCAUACAGGAGGACUCCGUGGCCCGGGAACCGUUUGUCAGAAGAGGCGACACGUUCUACCAGCCCAUGCACACGAACACCUUCUGGAACACCCAGCGUGACCUGUCCUACAUUCGGGAGGUCUACUACUUCGCGGCCAAGAACCAUUACAUCAACCGGUUGACGCGGGACGCCUUCCACAGGCUGGGCGUCGUCGCCGUGACCGAGGUGCCCACCGAACGCCAGUUAUUCAACAUGCACGAAAAGGCAAUUGCUGAAAACGAUACAAAGGCUGUGUCAUCGGUGCUGCUCCUCUACACCAGCGUUACCAGCAACGACACCCACUUGCAACCCGCCAGCCUUCACGUCUCGUUCCUCGCCGGCAGGCUCCCAUUUGACGUGCAGGUGAACUACCGGCAGCGCCUGCUCUCUGAGCGCGAGGGUCCCUCAGCGGAGGAGCGGUUCCCCGAGAUGCACACCCUUCUGCCCAUCAUGGGAGCGCUGCAGCAGCGCCACCUGGAGAUGCAGGCCGAGAUCGUCGGGCACAAGGAUCCGCUGAAGGAGGUCACGCUGGUGAGGUUCCCGUUUCCCGCGCACAUUGAGCACCACGACCAGAAGAACUACGCCCUGGUGCUGACACGUUUCUGCAUCGGCAUGCUUGUGCCCUUCUGCCUUUUCGUCGCCAGGCUGGCCGACGAAAAGGCCACCGGCGUCAAAGAGAUGCUGCGUGUGGUGGGCGUGAACGACUGGGUCUACUGGGCGAGCCACUACCUCAGCUCCUUCUUCAUGCACCUGAUUGUCGUGACGCUGAUGUUGCUGUUUAUGUGCGUCAAGCGCAACCAUGAAGGGCGCGCCUUCAUACAGUUCAGCGACCCCUUGCUCCUGUUCGUCAUACUGAUGUUCUUCUGCAGCCAGUGCCAAGUGCACGGAAUGUUCCUGUCCUUGUUCUUCGCGAACCCGCAGUCUGCCGUCGCGGGCGCGCUUCUCUACUGGACAUGCAGCUGUGUGAUGCCGUUCCUGUUCCUGGAGCACGCUGGAGGACUGGGCUACUACUACAUCGCCCGCAGGAACAAGUUGUACACGGCUAUCUUUCCCGGCAUGAGCCUCCACUGGAGCUUUCGAGUUCUGGAGCGCUUCGAGAAGUUCGUGCCGAACGGAGCCAACUGGCUGAACUUCUACGACCGCUCCGCCACGCCUGACAACGUGACGCUCGCGGAGAUCGUCUUUGUGGGGUUCCUGUUCGACUGCUUUCUCGGCAUUCUCAUAUGGUACCUCGACAACGUGAUUUCGCUCGGCCCGGGCAUUCCAAAGUCCUACCUGUUCCCGUUUAAGUCCAGCUACUGGUUACCAACCAUGACAGUGGCUCCGGCGCCAUCGAGGACGGCCGGCGAGCUGAACAACUUCGAAGAGGGGCCCAUGGACCAAGUGGUGACCAUCGACCUUGUUCACGCCUGCAAGGACUAUGAUGGCGUCGUAGCCGUGGACGACGUCUGCCUGCGCAUUUUCGACAACCAAAUCACGGUGCUUCUGGGACACAACGGAGCCGGCAAGUCGACGCUGCUCAACAUGAUCACGGGUUUCCUGCCCUCUAGUACUGGAGCGGUGUUGGUGAAUGGCUACAACAUAAUGACCUGCACCGGCGAAGCCCGACAAAGCAUGGGGUACUGUGCCCAGUACAACGUGCUCUUCGAGGACCUGACCGUCGAAGAGCACGUGAUGUUCUUCGCUAUAGUGAAGGGCGUGCCCCUGACUAAAGCGCGACAGCAAGUCUUCGACCUGCUGCAGGACACCAGCCUGUACAUCCAUCGCACCGUGCUUGCCGUCGACCUCUCGCCUGGCCUACAGCGCCGCCUCUGCACAGCGCUGGCCAUCGUGGGCAUGCCCAAGGUGGUCAUCCUGGACGAGCCAACUACCAACAUGGACUCGGACGGACGGCGCGAACUGUGGGAGCUGCUGCUGAAGCUGCGGCGCACCACCUGCGUCCUGCUGACCACCCAACACUUGGACGAGGCGGACGUGCUGGGAGACCGGAUCGCAAUCAUGGCCAACGGACGUAUAAGGUGCACCGGCUCAUCGACGUUCCUCAAACAGCGCUUCAGUACUGGCUACCGCAUGCAGAUCAACAAGCGGCCAACCAAGUGCAACGUGCCGGCCGUCGUCGAGCUGCUGCGCAAGUACGCGCCGAAAGCGCGCGUACAGAGCGACCGUGCCAACGAGGCGGUCUUCCUUCUGGGACAGAUCAUCGCCACGAAGAUCAUCAUUGACAUGUUUAAGGAUAUCGAACAACGGACAAAGGAACUCGGCAUCGAGUCGGUGGGCCUGACCGUGACCUCCCUCGAGGACGUCUUAAUCCGCGUGGGAGAGGACCACCACGUGCACCGCCAGCAGCGAGCUGCGCAGGCCACCGAAGAUGACGCAUCGCUCAUGGAAGCCAGAGUUCCCGUGGUGGAGAACAUGGCCGACACGACGUCCUCGGAGGCGACCCUGCUGGCUCGCCUGCGGGCCGUGUUCACCAAGCGCGCCAUCCACGUGUGGCGCGAGAAGCGGAUGCCGCUCUUCAGCUGGUUGCUGCCGCCGGUGCUGCUGUGGCUGCUGUUCUUGCUCGAGUUCUGGGGCCUGCAGGGCAGCGUGCGCGACGUGCGAAACGUGGACGACAGGCUCAGGUACACCUUCCCGGAGGUCGUCGUGUUCGCCGUGGGUUUCUCGCAGGCCGACAAAGAGGAGGAAUUUCGCAAGCGCUACUUGGAGCCCAUGUUCAGUAAUCGGCGCCAAUACUUCAUAAGAGACGUAGGUGCGGAUGCGGACAUUGCUCGCGGUCUUCUGGACUAUGCAAGUGGCAACUUCUUCAAAUACGUCUUCAGCGUCCACUUCGGCUAUCAGAUUACCAAGGCGGCGGGGUACGUCGCUCUUUGACCGUAUGCAAACGCUGUUGCGUCUCAUGCCAUGACGUCAUCAACGUUGUUACGAUGACGCUAAAUUAAGGGCAAUGCUCCUCGUUGCUGUACGAAAAGAAGUACCUCAGUAUGUUUUUAAAUGCACACGACAAGGUUCUUCCGAUACACUUAAUCCUGAUUUAAGAGCCUAGCGAGUGCAUUAUUUUUAGCCCUUAGGAAUAAAGUUUCGUUUUGAGUUGCG